CGAGAUACGCCGACCUCAAGCUCACACAAAAUGCACAAAGCAAUUCCUCAUGCCACAACCACAACCACUACCAACGCUUGUCGGUUCAAUAGUUGAACGGUCCUCGAGCUCGAAACCUUCUCCUAAACCUGUUUCGGCGCCAUCGCCCCUCGGUUUCCCACCUGUUCAACAUCGCUCAAAAAGCGCGUUUGCGCGUGCCAGGGAGGCAGGGCGGAACAAUGGCGCACUCGAAUCUGACACCAGGAGGAACAGAGAGGUGCCAAUAGUCCAGACAAGUGGCAGCCUUCUAUCAGCCAGUCGAGAAUCCGAAGACCAGGAUGUAUUGCCACCUAGCUCUUCGUUAGGCCACCCAUUCGAUCUAAGCUCAAAAUUUUCUCCAGAAGAAAACUGGAAAGAACAGAUGAGACGAGAUAACGAUCGUGCGAUUGAUGCCAUGACAGAGGAAGAGCGUGAGCGGCACGCUGCAGAAAUUCUCGAACAGCUGGGUCCCGGAGUGACUGAGCUGCUCCAGAAGGCAAGGAAAGCACGCGGAAGACUUGAGGCAGGUCCUGAUGUUCACGAGGAGGAAGGUGUCAGGGACAAACCGCGGGCAGAAGAUAAGCACGACGAUAUUGAAAUACGUGAAAUUAAAUCGUCCAGCCCAGAGCCUGAAGUAAUUCUAGCUACACCAACGCAUUCAUCACCUCCAAGUAAGCUAGCGUCGCCCCGACGUGGAAUUUUGGUUUCAAAUACGCCGCCGUCAUCACGUAGCUCAUCACCUGGGAGGGCCGCUCGGAAACUGCGUUUUGCGGACGUCACCCCGAGAGACGUACACGUCUUUCACUCAGAGCCGACUUCCCCUCGUAGACCAAUCGCCCUAUUACCUCCGCCAACGGAGCAACCGGACAAGAACGAUGUCAUCAAACUAUCUUUAGAUCCCAAACCAGAGGAAGGGACACCGGAAGACAUUCGUCGACGCUUCUUCCCAAAUCACCCAGAAGAAGACCCUGCCUUAGAAUGGAUUAAACCUACUGAAUCGGCGCUAGAUUCCGAGCCACGAUUCGACUUAUCUGGAGCUCUCAUUCCACCAUCAGAGCGAGAAACCUUGCCUACACACCUCGGUUUGCACCACCAUGGUGGCUCCGCGGCGGCUGGAUACACGCUAGCUGAUCUGCUCUUACUUGCCCGUUCCAGUGUUCCGGCGCAGCGAGCGACGGUUCUAGGUGUAUUAUCAAAGUUAAUACGAAGAUUAGCUCGGAGAGAGAAGGAGGCUUUUGAAUUCAAAGAUCGCAAUAUUGUGCGAGCUCAGGCUUUGGUCGUCGGUCUUGCGGCUUUGCUAGAGAAGGGUACAGUGGGCAUGCAGGCAGUUGACCUUGUCUGGGCUUGCGUUGUUUAUUGGGAUGAAGAUGACUUAGCAGAUUUGGAGGGUGUCGAGCUUCGUCCCCAAGCUACGAAAUCCGGCAAUUCUGACGAAGAAAAACGUCCCGAAGACUCACUUUCUUCAGCUGAUCCAAUUUCGUCAAUUCCGUUUUCGGUCUUGCUGCCUCAAAUCGCCGCACUACUCGACUCACGAAGCCUCCCGCUAGAAUCUAUGUCGCAGGUGUUAUCCAUCAUUCUUCGCUUCGCACGGCACUCCGCUGAGAUUGCUACUGCCAUCACCGAGACUCCUCGACUUAUUGGAACUAUUCUUGACACCUUUCUACUAACGCCGAUUCCUCCUCCCGAAGACGGACGUGUCCCAGAUCCCCUAGCGCUUGAUUUACUUCGUAUACUUGCACUUUCAUCCCGUACGAACGCCGGCGCCUUAGUAGGACCGGCUGACGCCCUGCUUCGCUUUAUCACUGCAAUUACGCCCACUUCCUCGCCCUUCCCUCGAACGCUCUCAGACGCCCUUCUGUACGGGACCCUCAAGUUGUACGCAGCUCUUGGGAUGUAUGGUAUAUAUUCUGGUGUUGCCACUACAGCAGCAGAGCAUUUCAACCACCUAUCAUCACACGUCUUGAAUACCUCUAACGACGUUUCGAUCGAGUUGAGGGUUUCCUGGCUACGUCUUCUGUCGGUGUGGAUGGUUUGUGCACGUGAUCCGCAUCGGACGACUCCGACGCACGAUUUGCUGUGGAGUCAGGUCGUUGGUUGGGCUUGGGGAAAUGAUCUGUUGGAAUUCAGGGAUAACUUGUUGUCUGGGCCGUCAGAGCCUGACGUUCGCAUAUGGGGAGCUUUGUGUGGUACUUUGGCUUCGUGGUUGGAAGGUUGCCGUGUCAAUAGCGCUAGAGCAGGCCAAGACGAGCGUGCUACCAUGAAUACCAUGAUAGAAAAGACUUGGUCAAGCGGAAUCGAGAAGGCGCUGGUCGAGAAAUCGAGAGAUCAGCUGAGGCAGGAGUUGCCUGCGGCGUUCUCGGAAGAGUCCUCGCUUAUCCAACGAAAAUCCGCCCUUGUGCGGGUCGCCGAACUCAGUCAAGUCUUCACAGACCUCGUUAGACUUUGUUUAGCGUGUCUGCAUAGACAUGAUUCGGACUCUGGUGGUAGAUCCGAACCUCCCACCUGGCUAGCUGAUGUUUUUCCCUCCCUUUCAUCAGUUACCGAUGUGAUUCUGUCUCGCGAUUUCUGGAGAUCAAUUUGGAGUGCCAACAAGUCACGGGAUGAGUUGUCCUUCAGGGUACAGAUUUCCUAUCUGCGUUCAUCAUCUGGGUUUCUAGCAUCGUUUGUCAAGCUAUCGCACUUCUUCUCAAGUAGGGAGAUCUGGCAGCCACUGGCGUUUGCCUCUUUGAGAGCUCUACUUCCAGGUGACGAGGAGAGCGCUACUCGACUGAUCGAAGAAGUCGUCGAGAAGGAAUGCAGAGACAUUGAAUGCGCUGAGAAGUUGCGAUUUCUUCUACCGUUUUUCAAGAACAUGAUUCGCCCAGAUGACGAAUUUUAUUUGUCGCCACUGACGCCAACGCCUGAAUCGAUUCAGAGGAGCAGGACUCAGUGUAUGCCUGCCAAUUGUACAUUCAGUUCAUCAGCAAAGCAGGCUCUCUCUGGGCUGCCUCUAAAACCGGAUUGGUCUUGUGUCGCUCUUGACCAUAUUUUGAGGUCAGGCACGUCACCAGUAUUGACGAACCCGGAUUCUGUCCCGGAGUCGUGGAACGCGUCAGAAACGGACCUCACACAGGCUUCACUCUCGCUAUUACUCCAUGUGCAAAGGAUUCUCGGCAGGAGCGAAUUGCGAAAUUUCGCACCGACCGUGGAGCACGUCGUGUUCAAUUGUAUGAAGGUCUUUAUGCUCGAGCAUAACCAACAGCAGAACGACUCAAAUGAAGAGGUCUUCCGAGAUUCGACUGUUGGUCGUCUCAUGGAUGCGCUUCUGGAGCCAUUCACGCUUAGGGGAUCACAAUCGGCACUGAAAAUAGAAUCCCUAAAUCUAGAAACCGUCGCAAAGCAAUUCCUUGGGACUGGAACUCCAUUCUACCAAUUUUACACCGACUUCGUGGGGUUAUAUGACGCUAUCUCGUUUUCGCAUAGAACCUUUGCACGGUUGCUUCUCCCUCCCACCUCCAUGGCCUAUGCAUUAGACUAUCGGAAACUCCUCUGGGGAGAUUUCGGGCAUACGUUACGUACAGUCCGUACCCCGAUUGACGAAGUACCGACUUUGGAUUUGAAGGAGUUCUUUUGGCCGGUUGAGACGGAUGCGGAAAUGAUUGGGUGGUACCUCCGAGGACUCGUGAAGUGGUCUCUUGAGGGAUUCGUGAGGUUGCUUGCUGUUCAUCAUGUUGCGUGUAAUAUUUGGUCGGACUUGACGGAGACGGGAGAGACGGAUGGUGUACGGGAGAAACGGGCGCGGAGCUUGCUUGUUGCGGUUUUUAACCAGGCGAAGAGUGAUGUGGUGAAGGAUGUGGUGAAAUAUGUGCAAGUUCGUGGCACGGAUCUCAAGCUGCCUCCGGCAUGUUACCAGCUGGACGGAGAGACGAGACGGGCGAGGCUUGCAAUGGUAAGGGCUUUUGGAGAGACGCGAAUUGCGGAAAACCUGGAAAAGAUAUACACAGAAGGUUCAUAUUAA